GUUGUCAAAAUCACGUGAUUUUCAAUCCUAUCCUCACUUGAAAUGACAUUUAAAGGGUUUUUAUAGAAAAAAGUUGAAUGAAUGCCAUAUAAUAGAAAUGCCAUUCAAUUAAUGUGCAAUUAUUUGAAUUAAAUUUCAUUUAUUUGAUUGUUAUAACAGAUCUAAAUAUGAAGAUCUGGACAUCAGAGCACACCUUCUCUCAUCCGUGGCAUACAGUUGUUCAGGCGGUUUGGCGUAAAUACCCGAACCCAAUGAAUCCAGCGGUGGUCGGCAUCGAUGUGAUCGAUCGGGACGUCGGCACCAAUGGUGUGAUGAGGACUCACCGACUGAUCAGCUGUGAGUGGGGUCUUCCCAAUUGGGCCCAAAGGAUAUUAGGCACCGAUAAGACGUGUUAUGCCAGCGAACACUCAGAGAUUGAUCCAAACAAUAGGACAAUGACUUUACAGUCGAAAAAUGUAUGCUUUUAA